UUUGUGUAGUAUUGUCACUAUUACAUACAUUCGUACAGCAGAAUCCAAGGAAACUAAGAAUUCUUUCAUUGAGUAAAUUCAGUGUCGUCAAACGGAACGUUAAAAAUUAAGAUUUCAUAGAUAUCAUUGUUUUUAUAUAGGUUUUAAUCGUAGUUUUUGUAGUUGUGUUUCUUCAUAAAUUUACAAAUAUGAAAAUUUUGCAGUCCAGUUGCAUUACAUUGUUGUCGAUGCUUUGUAUUUUACCAAUGUUUAUACUGUCUUCUACUGAUGAAACAUACGAAAAGGAACGCAGUAAAAUCAUAAACAACGAAAACGACCAGCGUUUAGGAUCGGAGUUGACUUUGAACCGCGAAGAAAAACAAAUAAGUGAUCAUUUGAUGAAGUUAAAAGAGCAAGAGACGGGACUAUACAUGUCAGGAGUGGAAUUGAACCCUUCAUCCAUACUAUUUACUGAUGCCAAAAAGCAAAUUGAUCAGAGCAAAGUCUUUCAUUUUCUCCAGAAGAUGCCUAAAGGUGGUGUGCUCCAUGUCCACGGCACUGCAAUGACUAGUGUUGACUGGCUUGUCUCAUUUGUCACUUACAUGCCGAAUUGUUACAUGUGUUGGGAUCGGCAAAGGGAAAUAGUUUUCAAAUUCCUAUUUUGCCCGAAAUUACCAAAACCGACAAAAGGUAAGUGCUCCUCAACACCCUAUUCCCGAGUCAACUUGGAAGGAAUUGUGAUCGCUGGUUGUAGCUGGGAACGUGUCUGCUACGCCAGAAAGUAUUAUACUGAGGGUGCGAAAGCUUUCGAUAAGAUGUUGAUCAACUCAAUUAUAUUCAACAGCGAUAAACUUAUGUCAGUCACAUCAAAUCAAACUGCAAUAUGGAAAACUUUUGAAGAAUAUUUCUCGCUUACGAGAAACCUGAUUCGUUAUAAACCUGUAUUCUCAAAGUACAUUCAUCAUGGUUUAACUGAAUUAUUAAAAGACAAUAUCCAACACGUUGAAAUACGCAUCUCUUUGUCAUCAACAUACCAACUUGAUGGAAAUCGGUCCAGUUCCCUAACCGUAGCAGAGCAAUUGGUUAGUGCAAUCAAUUCGUUCAGAAGGGAAGAAUGUUCGAACUGUACUGUUCGAAUAAUCGUCACUUGCCACAGAAAUGCACCAGACUCGGUCAUCUCGCAGAGGUUAGAAGACGCAAUAAGCAUCAGCCAAAAGUACCCAAAAUACUUUGCUGGUUUUGAUUUAGUGGGUCAAGAAGAUACGGGAAAAACUCUGAAGACUUUAAUGAAUAUACUGAAAAACAAAAAUAUAUCAUUCUUCUUUCAUGCCGGAGAAACCAAUGAACAAGGAUCACCUAUUGAUGAAAAUCUUGUGGAUGCUAUUCUUCUUGGAACAAAGAGAAUAGGUCAUGGCUAUGCCUUAGUAAAACAUCCAGCACUCUUAAAAUUAGUACAGAAACGAAAUCUUCCGAUUGAAGUUUGCCCUAUAUCCAACCAGGUAUUAGGUUUCGUGCAUGAUCUGAGGAACCACCCAGCGAAUUAUUUAAUUGCAAAUAAUUACCCGGUGGUCAUCAGUAGUGACGACCCAGCUGUCUGGCAAGCAUCUGGAUUGUCUCACGACUUUUAUUUAACUUUUAUGGGGAUGGUUUCCAUGAAAGCGGAUCUUCGAGUCCUAAAGCAACUUGCAAUCAACUCCAUCAAAUUUAGUUCCCUUCCAGCUGCUGAACGAGAAAUAGCUCUGGAGGACUGGAAACAGCGAUGGAACAAUUUCAUCACUCUGGCUAUUUAUUACCUGGACGAGAGUAAAAGACGAGGACCGGUCACGGAAGAAAGUUUUCUCGACCAUGUGAAUCAGGACACGUUCAGAAGCGUAUUCAGAGAAUCAUUCAAUAAGUAAUAUAUGUAUCUGUCAAUGAGCUAAACAAUCGGCCAAUCAACAAACCAGUAUAUGAACCAAUCAAAGAAUUAGCAGAUCAACAAGCCAAUGAGUUAAAAAGCCAACUAAUUAACCAAUCAACAAACUAACCGACCCACCAUUCAACUUGCUUAUGUCCCAACCUAUUAUAUAAUCAAAUAACCAAUCAGAAUAUUACUAGCCAACGAACUAACUAGGGAAUGUACCAAAUUAUCAACCAAGCAACCA